AUGUCUGCUCCGACUUUUAAAGCACCGACAGUGGUUCGAAGCCAUUCAACCUCGUCUCGCCCAUCGCGAGCGCCGUCGGAUCUUCCCCAUCGGACACGGAGUGUGGCGGUCCGUCCAUCCAACGCAUCCCAGCCCCCUCCGCAAACCCAGUACACGCACUCGAAAACUGCCUCCCAUGACCGACGUCCUCCCUCGAAUCAUGCUGCACUAGAUAGUGUAGCGCGUCGCGAUUUUGAGGCUUCCAAUGUCGCGCGGAUGCCCUCUCGUCGGGAAGCGUCCUCAGACCAGUCUCAGGAACGCCCCUCCACUGCUCGCACCGAGACUACCCGAAGGCACCAGAGACAACCGUCGUCGCAACGUCAAAGAGAGAGUUUUGAUAUGUCGCCGGCUGCUGCUACUCAAGAGUUGGCGCAGGCUGCGACCGGAACAAAUGCCCCCGCAGCUGCCGCAGCGCCUCGGCGUCGGACCACGAUCACAACGCCGACGGGGCAAUGGGCUCUCGGUAAGACGAUCGGUGCAGGAAGUAUGGGAAAGGUCAAAUUAGCGAAAAACACCGAAACAGGAGAACAGGUUGCCGUCAAGAUCGUCCCACGACUCUCGACCGAGGAACAUCGCACUAGCCGCGAAACAGAAAGAGCCGAUCGCUCUAAGGAAAUUCGAACUGCUCGAGAGGCCGCGAUUGUCAGCCUGGUAAACCACCCAUACAUCUGCGGGAUGCGCGAUGUGGUUCGAACAUCAUAUCACUGGUAUAUGCUCUUUGAAUAUGUCAAUGGUGGCCAGAUGCUUGAUUACAUUAUUUCCCACGGCAAGUUGAAGGAGAAGCAGGCGCGCAAGUUCGCCCGCCAGAUCGCCAGCGCAUUGGAUUAUUGCCACCGCAACAGCAUUGUGCAUCGCGAUCUGAAGAUCGAGAACAUCCUGAUCAGCAAGACUGGUGAUAUUAAGAUUAUUGAUUUCGGUCUCAGCAACCUCUUCUCCCCGCGCAGUCUAUUGAAGACGUUCUGUGGCAGUCUGUAUUUCGCUGCCCCGGAGUUGCUCCAGGCUAGACAAUACACCGGCCCAGAGGUUGAUGUGUGGAGUUUUGGUAUCGUGCUUUAUGUCUUGGUUUGCGGAAAGGUGCCUUUCGACGAUCAAAGCAUGCCCCAGCUGCAUGCCAAAAUCAAGAAGGGUGUCGUGGAAUAUCCCCCAGGCCUCUCUACAGAAUGCCGUCACAUUAUCUCCCGCAUGCUGGUCACCGACCCGAAGCAACGUGCCAGCUUGGCUGAAAUCAUGACCCAUCCCUGGAUGAACAAGGGUUUUAGCUCCCCUCCGGAAAACUACCUUCCGCAUCGUGAGCCUUUGCAGUUGCCCCUGGACCAAGAAGUUAUUGAGAAGAUGACUGGCUUCGAUUUCGGCCCUCCCGAAUAUAUUACAUCUCAGUUAACCAAGGUCUUGGAGUCGGAGGACUAUCAGCACGCUAUUAGACUCAAUUUCCGUGAACAACAACCCGCCCUCAAUCAGGCAGAGCGCAAGCGUGGAGUAUUCGAUUUCUACAAACGACGAAAUUCUGCAGCCAGUCGCGAUACCCUCUCCGCGCCUUCGGCUGAGGCGGUGCAGCUGGGAAAUGACCCGUUGAACGCUUACAGCCCCCUUAUCUCCACCUACCAUCUAGUCAAGGAGAAGCUUGACCGGGAGCGCACUGAGGCCCGGCCUGGAGCCCUUGGCCUUCGUCAGACUCCUGGUGAGGUCCAAGUGCCUGACUUACAGGCCCCGGAGGCCGCCCACACAAACCAGUACCAGUUGCCCGGAGACAAGGAUACAGGAAGACGAUCCCGCCCUCGGGCUCGCACCCAUGGCGAGGACGAGGUGUCAGAGGGAAUGAAGAGUCUUCAUGCCUCCUCUCCAUCAGCACACGCCGUCCAAAUAUCGCAACACGACACACCGGCAAAGAAGGAAAGCACCGCUGCUGGUCUCUUGAGACGCUUCAGUACUCGCAGAACCAAAGACCGCAGCCGUGAUGUUGAACGCGAACGUACAAGCACACCCAAUACUCCCACUUUCAACGUCCAACCGCCGGCCGACUCGGCGUCUCCAAUCAAUCGUGGCUUCAGCGUCCGCAGAACCCGGCGGGCUGAGCCUUCCCCGGGUGCUGUUUCUUCGAAUAGCAGCCAACCGCAGCAAGAUCUUCUGACGGCUCCCGGCUCGGCGGAUCGUACCGCCAGAUCCAACAAGUUCCUGGAAAGAUCCACCAGUGUUAAUUCGGCUGACUAUCGAGCUCGAAGGGCUGCACGGAGGAGCGAUGUCGAUGCAAUCGACGUUGCCGCUGAUCGCCAGCCACCCUCAACCAGUGGUUCUGAUCAGGUUGCUCCGAAUGGCCAGAAGGACGUUGUUGCUGGCGGGAGGACCGGUGGCCGCACACACACGGCCCGCACCAUGUCACUUGGCCACGCCCGACGAGAAAGCAUCCAGGCGCGUCGGGCUCGACGGGAAGCUACCCGUGAGGCCAAUGUCCCCGAGGAGACUGAUGCAGACAUCUCUGGCGCAGGUACCGCACUGGAAAGCGCCAACGAAGGCGAAGAUCUGUCCAAACCCGUGUAUCUCAAGGGUCUUUUCAGUGUUUCGACCACUAGCAGCAAGCCUUUGCCCCUCAUUCGGUCCGAUAUUAUUCGUGUCUUGAAACAGCUGGCCGUUGAAUAUGUCGAGAUCAAGGGCGGCUUCAGCUGCCGGCACGCCCCCAGCAUUGACCUCGACAAGGUGGUCGAUGUAGCCCCGCCUAGCCCAGACAGGCAGGGUCCAGUUUCUGGACACCGCCGGCGCAUCAGCUUCGGCGGACUGCUUGGUCAUGACGAGAGCCAAAACGACGCUACUCGUACAGGGUCCUCUAAACUUCGCCGCGCUCAAGCAGCCCCGGAUCGCAGCUUCACCACGAACUCGGACGCGUCGGAUGAAUAUGUUGCACGGGACAACCAGCACGCCGGCGAACGAGUCGUUGGCGAAACCACCACCCGUGUGCAGAGCGACACCGGAGAGAACCUCGUUCUCCGAUUCGAAAUUCUGAUCGUAAAAGUUCCUCUCUUCUCUUUGCAUGGUAUCCAAUUCAAGAAGGUUUCUGGUGGCAUGUGGCAGUACCGCGAGAUGGCGAAGAAGAUUCUCGAUGCAUUGCGACUGUAG